AUAUUUUUAAAAAAUGGAACACAAUUAUACAAUAUUAAUAUUGUGGUGGAUAUGUUUACCAUGUACAUAUGUUUGAUGAAAUUAUUCCAUAUACAAUGUAUAUAAUGAAUCCCAUACUUUUUAUCUCGAGUUAACUCUCAUUUUCGUUUCUGUAGUUUGUUCAAUCAUGCCAGUUCAGAUCAAAUUUCAAAUUUUUAUUAUUUCCGUACUUGACAUUAUUGAAAAUGUCAAUUCCAUCCAAAAAGCUAAGGUUGAAUAGAAUAAUUGGACAAAUCACAGGGACAAAAAUGAUAAUUAACUCAUGUUUUUUUGGACGGAACUGAAAUGUUUUAAAAAUGUCAGAAGGAUACAAAUUUAAAAUUUGACCUGAACUAAACAAACUAGAUGGACGAAAAUGGCACUUAACUCUUUUUAUCUCCUUGGUUCUUUCGCUCUCUGUGUCUUUCCUCACUCCUCCACUUAGACGUUCGAAAGAGAAAACUCUAGAAAAGUAAUGCUCAAGAGAGAGAUGGAAGAACACGACGGCAGAAGACCGCAGCCGUUGGUGGUGCUAACAUCAUCCCCGUUUCACGGCCACAUGACACCCACUCUCCAGCUAGCCACAACCCUUCAUGCCAACGGCUUCCCUAUAGCCAUUGCUCACUCCAACUUAAACCCACCCAACCCUUCUAACCAUCCUUCCGACUUCACCUUCCUCCCACUUUCGGACAACUUAUCGGCCGUUGAAGGGACCGGUGGCUUCGCUAAGUUCAUAAACACGCUUAACAACAACUGUAAAGGGUCAUUUAAGGAACACUUGACUCGGUUGGUCAAUGAAGGAAAUAAAUCAAUCGUUGUUAUCUAUGAUAAUAUUAUGUAUUUUGCUGGAGUUGUUGCCGAUGAUUUGAAUCUCCCCCGCAUCAUGUUUCGUACUACCAGUGCAGCGUUCAUUCCAGCUUUGCUUCUCCGUCAACAGGUCCGUCAACAUGGCAGAUUUCUGGAAGAAGAUUUUGUGAUGCAGGAGGUUGUGCCAAAUCAGAAUCUCCUUAGGUACAAAGACCUUCCAUUUUCUAAAACGCCCAUUGAAGAUUGGAAACAAAAUGUUGCCAACUAUAGCCAACAAGCACACCCCUCCGCACUUAUCUGCAACACCAUUAAAUUUCUUGAACACGAAUCCUUAACUCAAGUCCACAACAUGUUACAGGUUCCCGUUUUUGCGGUCGGGCCAUUACACAAACUUGCACCAAACCUGUCUAGCGGUUCUUGCCAGGAAGACACCAGUUGCAUCACCUGGCUCGAUAAACAACCUCCCAAAUCGGUGGUCUACAUAAGCUUUGGAAGCUUAGCCACAAUGGAGACGAAAAUGCUGAUCGAGAUGGCAUGGGGUCUAGCUAAAAGUAACCAACGGUUCCUAUGGGUGGUUAGACCCGGUUCAGUUAGUGGAUCAGAGUGGCUCGAGUUAUUGCCUGAGGGGUUCAUAGAGGAAACGAGAGAACGAGGCUUUAUCGUGAAAUGGGCUCCCCAGAAGGAGGUGUUAGCCCAUUUUGCGGUGGGUGGAUUUUGGAGUCAUUGUGGAUGGAACUCAUGUUUGGAGAGUAUUUCAUCGGGUGUUGUGAUGAUAUGUCAACCGUUUAUUGUCGACCAAAUGGUUAAUGCGCGAUAUGUGAGUUACGUGUGGAAGAUCGGGCUCGAGUUAGAGUGGGUGGAGAGAGGGGAGGUUGAAAGGAUGAUUAGAAGAGUUAUGGUGGAUGAGGAAGGAGUGGAAAUGAGAGUUAGAGUAAAUGAUAUGAAGGAAAUGGUUAAAGAAGCAGUUGGAGAUGAUGGUUCUUCACAAAAAUCAUUGGAGGAUUUGGUAGAUUUCAUUUUGUCAUGUUGAUAUUUUUUUCAAGAAAAAUGAUAGAAUCAAGACGUUUGUAAACUUACAAUAAGUUCUUUUUUUUUUUUUUU